UAUCGCGCCAUCUCCAACCGACGGCUUCCACACAAAUUAAGCGGGGCACAUUGUUAAUUUUUGCCGAAAAAAGGGGGUGUGGCGGAUUGAUAGUGUGUAUAUGUGGCCGCAUCAGUGAACCUUAUCAACCAGAAGCGACCAGUCGAUCGCCAAUUGUCGCACAGUUUGCUUUUCUCCGUUGCCGGGCUGUGAGUUCGCUGUCAGGAAGCGAGUGCUGCCUUUUCUCCCCUCCCGUUCGGCAAUCUUCCAAAUUAAACUUGAAAACAAAACGAUUUUCGGUCAAUAACCCGCAGCCACCACCAUGUGUCAACCCACGGGCCAGAUGCUGUGCGAGAUCAAGAACAUGGCGUUGUCGGGCGAUCCGGAACUGGAUGGAAAGAUUCGCCUGUGGAUCAGGUGGGACAAAUGCGCCAGCACUUCCUGCCAAAUCAUGGACGCCGUCCGGGCGCAGGACUGGGACACGCUGCGCAAGAGAUUGUGCAAUCGCAUCACCUUCGGCACGGCAGGAUUGCGGGCCUGCAUGCGGGCGGGCUUCGACUCCAUGAACGAGCUAGUGGUCAUCCAGGCGGCUCAGGGCCUGUGCGAGUACGUAAAGGAGCAGUAUCCAAAUCCGGAAGACUGGUCCGGGCGGGGCGUUGUCUUCGGGUACGACGGUCGCUACAACAGCCAUCGCUUCGCCGAGCUAUCGGCCAUUGUGUUCCUGAACAAUGACUUUAAGGUGUGGCAGUUCAAGCGCUACGUAGUCACGCCCAUGGUGCCCUAUGCCAUCCUGAGGCUGCAAUGCCUGGCCGGCGUCAUGGUGACUGCCUCGCACAAUCCCAAGGAGGACAAUGGCUACAAGGUGUACUGGAGCAACGGGGCUCAGAUCAUCCCGCCGCACGACGAGGGCAUCCAGGAGUCGAUAAUGAACAACCUGGAGCCCAAGGCCUCUUCGUGGGACGACUCAGCGAUGUGUGGGAACAUCAGCCUGGAGGAUCCGUACGACAUUGUCGUGCCGCCGUACUUCGACAACCUGAAGAAGAUCAUACCCUGCUCCCUGCUGGAGGUCAACGGAAGGUGCCCGAUCUCCUUCACCUACACCGCGAUGCACGGCGUGGGCUACGCGUUUGUGAAGCAGGCUUUCGCCAGGGUCAAUCUGAAGCCGUUCAUUUCGGUGUGCGAACAGCAGGAGCCGGAUCCCGAGUUCCCCACCACGCCCAUGCCCAAUCCGGAGGAGGGCAAGACCUCGCUGGACUUGUCCAUCAGAACGGCGAAGGCAAACGGCAGCCAGAUCAUUCUGGCCAACGACCCGGACGCCGACCGCCUGGCAGUGGCCGAAGUGCGCGAAGACGGUAGCUACAAGUUGUUCAGCGGCAACGAGGUGGGCGCCCUUCUGGGCUGGUGGUCCCUGGAGCUGCAAAAGAUGCGCGAGCCCGACUUCGACGUGAGCAACGGCGUGAUGAUAGCCAGCACGGUAAGCUCGAAGAUUUUGAAGGCCAUGGCCGAGCGGGAAGGAUUCCAGUUCUUCGAGACGCUGACCGGAUUCAAGUGGAUGGGCAACAAGGCCAUUGAGCAGCAGCAGGCGGGCAAGACUGUGCUCUUUGCCUUUGAGGAGGCCAUCGGCUUUAUGGUCGGCACAGCCGUCCUGGACAAGGAUGGAGUCAGUGCCGCAGUUCAUGUGGCGACCAUGGCCUGUUACCUGCGCUGCAAACAGUGCAUGACGCUGCAGGAGAAGCUGCGGGACAUCUACGAGACAUAUGGGUUCCACACCACCAUCUGCUCGUAUGUCAUCUGCCGCUGCCCGCCGGUGAUUGAGCAGAUCUUCGAGCGCCUGCGUACCUGGGACGAGGGCAAGGCGGACACCUAUCCGACCAGCAUCCUGAACGGCGAGUACGAGAUCGAACACGUCCGUGAUCUGACCACUGGCUACGACAGCAGCACCGGCGACAAGAAGGCCACCCUGCCGACCAGCUCCAGCUCCCAGAUGAUCACGUUCACCUUCAAGAACGGCCUGGUGGUCACUCUGCGCACCAGCGGCACGGAGCCCAAGAUGAAGUACUACGCUGAGAUGUGCGGCAAACCGGACGAGAAGAACUGGGCCAAGCUGACCAACACCAUGAACAUCAUGGUGGAGGCCAUUGUCGAGGAAUUCUACGAGCCACAGAAGAACGGGCUUCAGCGCAAGAAGGACUAAUCUGGAUGCCCUCUUUAGGGGAAACUUUGGGCGAAUUUGACGGUACAUUCAAUAUGUAAACCUGGCUAAAAUUACUAGUUCUACACCAACAGCACCGACGCACAAGCCAAAAAGCAACAGCCGCGCAAGCUGUUUACUAUUAGUCUUUAAAGGAUAUUCGAUAUGUUAGUACCUUAUAUACAAUAGGCGAAUAUUUAUGAUUACAUGUAAAUAAAAGCAAACGCAACCAUCCACCAGGCA